UGGACAAGAGGAGGGGCCAGCAGGAGGAAACCCAGAACCCAGCGCGAGAGGACGCCACGGCGCGUGCGCACCUCCCGGCGGGUGCCUUCCAUUCGACGGAUGGGGGAAGCAAGUGCGAAGCGCUCUGCGGUUUGGAAAUUUCCAUCCUCCAGCAGAAAUUACGUGGGAACAACCGCGUGAAUCACGCGAAAUCGUUAUCUCCCAAGUUCCGGAUCAAAGACGCCUGGCACACAGAGCCUCCAGCAAGAGGUGACCUGGCCAGUCGUCCCCCGUCCCCCGGGGUGCUGGUGGUCUGCUCCAUUCCACAGACUUUUCGCUCCCUUGCCGCGGGUCGGAGACCGAUGGAUUGGGCCAAUUGUGGCUGAAACGUCUUUGCACGGAGGAAGAGGGGGACGGAGCAUCCCUCUGAGCUCUGCCUCUCCGAGGUGGUGGUGGGGAAGCGAGACAUACGAAAUACUGCCCUCUGAAGCCCUCGGAUCAUCCGUCUCCGUGCAAACGGCCGGGGAGGGGGGCGCGGCGGGAAGAGGGCGAAACGGGAGUCGGGCAAGGGAAGGAGCCAGGAAGCUGCGCGGGAGGGCGCGCACGCGCGCGCCCCUUUUUCAGCAGUGUGGCGGGGUCGCACGCUCGCCCGCCUCGGCGGCUGGGCGCGAUUUGCGACACUGGGGGGAGCGGCGGAGGUGGCGGCGGCAGUGGCAGCUUUGCGGCAAGCUCCGGACGGGCUUGCUUGACGGCGGUGUGGCGGAGGCCCCGCCCGAGGCGGCAGGAACCUGGGGGGAGGCGGCGGAAUAUGUCCGAGAGGGAAGUGUCGACAGCGCCGGCGGGAACAGACAUGCCUGCGGCCAAGAAGCAGAAGCUGAGCAGCGACGAGAACAGCAACCCCGAUCUCUCUGGAGACGAAAAUGACGAUGCCAUCAGUAUAGAAAGUGGCACAAACACUGAGCGCCCUGAUACACCUACAAAUACACCAAAUGCACCCGGAAGGAAAAGUUGGGGAAAGGGAAAAUGGAAGUCAAAAAAAUGCAAAUAUUCUUUCAAAUGUGUAAAUAGUCUCAAGGAAGAUCAUAACCAACCAUUGUUUGGAGUUCAGUUUAACUGGCACAGUAAAGAAGGAGAUCCAUUAGUGUUUGCAACUGUGGGAAGCAACAGAGUUACCUUAUAUGAAUGUCAUUCACAAGGAGAAAUCCGGUUGUUGCAAUCUUAUGUGGAUGCUGAUGCAGAUGAAAACUUUUAUACAUGUGCGUGGACCUAUGAUAGCAAUACAAGUCAUCCUUUGCUGGCUGUGGCUGGAUCUAGAGGCAUAAUUAGAAUAAUUAAUCCUAUAACAAUGCAGUGUAUAAAGCAUUAUGUUGGCCAUGGAAAUGCUAUAAAUGAGCUGAAAUUCCAUCCACGAGAUCCAAAUCUUCUCUUAUCAGUAAGUAAAGAUCAUGCUUUACGAUUAUGGAAUAUCCAAACGGACACUCUUGUCGCAAUAUUUGGAGGCGUAGAAGGGCACAGAGAUGAAGUUCUAAGUGCUGAUUAUGAUCUUUUGGGUGAAAAAAUAAUGUCCUGUGGUAUGGAUCACUCUCUUAAACUUUGGAGGAUCAAUUCAAAGAGAAUGAUGAAUGCAAUUAAAGAAUCUUAUGAUUAUAAUCCAAAUAAAACUAACAGGCCUUUUAUUUCACAGAAAAUCCACUUUCCUGACUUUUCUACCAGAGACAUACAUAGGAAUUAUGUUGACUGCGUGAGAUGGUUGGGCGAUUUGAUACUUUCCAAGUCUUGUGAAAAUGCCAUUGUAUGCUGGAAACCUGGCAAAAUGGAAGAUGAUAUAGAUAAAAUUAAACCUAGUGAGUCUAAUGUGACUAUUCUUGGGCGAUUUGAUUACAGCCAGUGUGACAUUUGGUACAUGAGGUUUUCUAUGGAUUUCUGGCAAAAGAUGCUUGCAUUGGGCAAUCAGGUUGGCAAACUUUAUGUUUGGGACUUAGAAGUAGAAGAUCCUCAUAAAGCCAAAUGUACAACACUGACUCAUCAUAAAUGUGGUGCUGCUAUUCGACAAACCAGUUUUAGCAGGGAUAGCAGUAUUCUUAUAGCUGUUUGUGAUGAUGCCAGUAUUUGGCGCUGGGAUCGACUUCGAUGAAAUUCUUUCCUAAUCAAAAUUAGAUUGUGUUUGCCUUUGUAAACUAGAUUUAAUGUAUCUUGCUAGUAAGGGCACAUAGAGCAUUUAGAGUUGUAUUUCAGCAUUCAAUCAGGCUGAGCUGAAUGUAGUGAUGUUUACAUUGUUUACAUUCUUUGUACUGUCUUCCUGCUCAGACUCUACUGCUUUUAAUAAAAAAUUUAUUUUUGUAAA